CGUAAGAAGAAACCAGGAAGUUACACGCAGCAAAGCCGAAGAGGGAUCUUUAUUCGAUCAUAUUUCGGGUAGUUCAUUUAACGACAAAGUAAGAACAUUUUGUUGACUUCAAAAUCGUUUACAGAGCGUAUAUUCUGAGAAGUUGCUACAUGUGUAGGGAACAUGGCGGACGUUGGAGUAGCUGGCUGUAAAUACACCAACGUUUCUGCAGUGCAUGAUGAUACGAUCGAGGCUUUGACCGAGCUUGAAGAUCUGGAAAAGGUCUAUUUGCAGCUUUGCAAUGAGGAAAAACAGGUCCAGGAUUGUCUCGGGACACUUGUAGAACAGCAGAGCACAAUUGAGAAUAAGAUGCAGUUGCUCCAGAGGAUGAGACCAAAGUUGCAGCUGAUUGAAGGAGAUGCCUCUCAACUUGGUGGGAUGAUCAACUUCACCUGCAGUCUGGCCGAGAACGUCAGUAGCAAAGUCAGACAACUAGACCUCACCAAGAAACGACUCUACCAGGCUAUACAACGUGCUGACGACAUCCUGGACUUGAAGUUCUGCACAGACGGCGUCCAGACGGCCUUGCAGAGCCAGGACUACGAGCAAGCUGCCGCCCACAUCCAUCGCUACCUCUCCCUCGACCAGUCAGUCAUAGAGCUCAGUAAACAGGGAGGGGAGAGCAGUAAUGUGGAGACCAGCCUUGCCUUGUUGAAGGAUGCCGAAGUGCAGCUGAAGGCUCUGGUCACCAAGCGCCUUGAGGAAGCAGUGGCAGCAGACGACCUGGCACAGGUGGAGCGCUUCUUCAAGAUCCUGCCACUGCUACGCCUGCACGAGGAAGGACUUGCCUUAUUUGCCAAUUACCUCAGCAAGGAGCUGGCCCGAAAGGCGCAAGAGAACCUGACACUGGCACUUAACUCAGAAUCAGGAGACAGGAGAGCGCCCAUGAUCUUUGUGGACACCCUGACGCUCCUGCUGGAAGGCAUUGCCCGCGUCAUCGAGACCCAUCAGCCUAUCGUGGAGACGUACUAUGGCCCCGGACGGCUGCACAGGCUCAUCACCCACCUGCAAGAAGAAUGUGACCGGCAGGCCCAGAGUGUGGUGGACAAGUUCAUCCAGAACAGAGACUACCAGUCCAAGUUCCAGGUGGUGCAGACCAGCAUGCUGAAAGGGGUGUCUGCGGAGAAGAUCGUGCUGAGGGAGCUGGACGCCGUCCUGUCAGAGGUCACGCUCAUGAACUCCAGAUCCGAGCUUUAUCUCCGCUUCCUGAGGAGACGCAUGGUGGCUGACUUUGAAGUGGCCGAUGCCAACGCCUCCGAGAGCGUCGUCCAGGAGCACCAGAGGUGUGUGGAGCGCCUGCUGAAGGACUGCGAGCUGAGCAGGCGUAUGCAGGAGCUGAUCGGCUGCUACAUCCCCAUGGAGGAGUACUACAUGAGGGAGACCGUCAACAAAGCCGUCGCCAUGGACACGUGGGAGCUGGGCCAGAUGACGUCCAGCAUGGUGGACGACGUCUUCUACAUCGUGAAGAAGUGCAUCGGCCGUGCACUCAGCAGCAACUCCUCGGACUGCGUCUGCGCCAUGAUCAACCUUGCCACCAGCCUCCUGGAGCAGGAGUUCCGAGAGGUGCUGGUCGCUAGGUUACGCACGGGUUACCCCAGCAGCACCCUUGCCGACCUCCAGCGAGGCGUCAGCAGUGCGGUGAGCCUCAUGCAGAGCAGCCUGCAGCACGGCAAGAUACACACGCACAUCGAGAGCCAGGAGCAGGCCAAGAACGCCUACCUGGUGACCUUGAACAACGUGGACGUUUGCAGCGAGAACAUCAGCACGCUGAAGAAGAACCUGGAGAGCGACUACGCCAAGUUGCUGAACCAGGGCGCGGCCAGCGAGCAGGCCCAGGCCAAGAUCGACAGCUGCCUGACGGACAUGGUGAGCACCUCCAGCAAGUUCAAGGACCUGUUGCAGGAGGGCCUGCUGGAGCUCAAUGGCUCGGCCAUCAAGCCUCAGGUGAAGCCCUGGAUCACGGGCUUCCUGUCGUUCUCGCACAACAUCGAGGAGGAAGAGUUUGGCGAGUACGAGGCCAACGACCCCUGGGUGCAGCAGCUGAUCGUCCAGCUGGAGCAGCUGAUGGCCGAGUUCAAGUCCUCGUUGUCUGCGUCCAUCUUCGACACGCUCACCAGCCUCAUGAUGAACCUGAUCUCCACGGAGCUGGAGAAGACGGUGUUCAAGUGCACCUUUAGCCGGCUGGGUGGCCUGCAGUUCGAUAAGGAGCUGCGCUCCCUGGUGGCGUACCUGUCCUCCGUGACAUCCUGGACCAUCAGGGACAAGUUCGCCCGCCUCACGCAGAUGGCCACCAUACUGAACCUGGAGCGGGUGGCGGAGAUCCUGGACUACUGGGGGCCCAACUCUGCGCCCCUCACGUGGCGGCUCACCCCUGCUGAGGUGAGGCAGGUGUUGUCACUACGCGUGGACUUCCGCAGUGAGGAUAUCAAAAGACUACGUCUGUAAACGUCAAAAGUUUGACAAAUGACCAUAACCAGGGCCCUAAAUUAAAGUGAUACUGCCCCAUUUUUUGAUUUUUUUUUUGUCUCCAAAAAUGUGACAGUAUCACUUUAACACCCGGCGAUUGGCGAAAUGCUUGUGAAAAGUCAGUUUGGCUGGUAGAAAGGAAAACUAGCCACUUUGACUGAUCAGGCUGGUAAAAUGUAACAUUUAAAAACAGAAUUUGAAGCCCUCACCAUAACAACCUAAUAUUUAUGUACAUACUGUGUAACAUCUUGUGGAUUUGGGAGCUGACUGUGCAUUAUUAGUUUUGCUGAAAUAUUAAAUGUAUCAUCUUUAUCAUCUUUAUUCAUUUUAGUCAACUGCUCCGUUACAAAAAAAUGGUGUAAGAUAAUGCUUUAUUAUUGUAUAACACUACAACCAGACUGAAGGGCACAGUCAAGUGUUGAUAACAAAUCAUUAUUUGUUUUUCCUUUUAUGUUUUGCAUUUCUUUAUCAUUAUUUUGUGGGUUUUUGUUUGUUUCACCCUUUGAUUCUGGUAUUUGACUUUUGUUCUCCGCAAUAAAUCAUAUGUUGUUUGGAAUGUCCCCAUAAAUCAUUAAUGUGCCAUGGGUUUAAAAAAUAUCAUCAGAACUGUGUGAGCGUGUACGUCAGAGAGGGAGAGGUAGAAGUCAUCUGAGGACAAGAAAGACUAGCAGCAAUAUCCUUCAUGUUAAACCUUGAAAGCUACUGAACUGAACUCUUAAUGGAAAAUGGCACUAAUGAGAAAUAAUCUUGUCAGCAAUUUUUUUUUCUAUAUUUACAAGGCUCCAUCAUUUGCCAUUCAUACAAAGUCAUGUUCCCCAAAUGACUGCCAAGGGUGGAAAAAGUUGAAUACAUUUUCAACAAUGUCAUGUUAAUAAUGUAAUGUAAUAUGCGAGUGCAUCUAUGACAGAAAACAUAAUACCCAUUUUUUUUUCUAUAUUUACAAGGCUCCAUCAUUUGCCAUUCAUACAAAGUCAUGUUUCCCAAAUGACUGCCAAGGGUGAAAAAGUUGAAUACAUUUUCAACAAUGUCAUGUUAAUAAUGUAAUGUAAUAUGCGAGUGCAUCUAUGACAGAAAACAUAAUACCCAUUUUUUUUCUAUAUUUACAGGGCUCCAUCAUUUGCCAUUCAUACAAAGUCAUGUUCCCCAAAUGACUGCCAAGGGUGAAAAAGUUGAAUACAUUUUCAACAAUGUCAUGUUAAUAAUGUAAUGUGAUAUGCGAGUGCAUCUAUGAGAGAAAACAUAAUACCCAACAACACCAUUCUGGAGAUAAAAUGUUAAUGGAGAACACUU